ACCCACAGCUACAUGACGUACUGAGGAGACUGAGGAGAUUUUUUACGAACCCAGAUGAACGGCCGUGUAAUCCGGCACCUUCUUGAGGUCGGAAAAAGCACCUUUUUGCUUUGAUUUGUUUUGCUUUCCAUUAAAAUCAUUCUCAGUCCAAGGCAAAGAACCGUGCCACAAACAAAGCGAAAUAGGAUAAAAGCACGGGACUGACAAGGACGACUGACCGUCAUGCGAGAGGAACAGUCUUGUGGCGACUUUCCUGAGGGUGGGGUCCUACCCAGUGAAGAGGAGCAAGAACGUCGCCCUAACAAGUGCCCCGUCGUUGUUGCACCACCGGCGGCUGCUCGAAAGCGGCUGACAGGUCCCAAGAAAGAGCCUGGUGGACCCCUAACACAGGACAACAAAACGUCACUGAAGGGCCCCUCAACGCUCACUCCCUCUUGCCCCAAGCGGCCCAAGAGGAGUUCUCCUCCUUCCUCAUCAACCUCUUCGACCUCCCUAGUGCCCAUUGUGAGCUCGGUGUCACCUGUGCCCGGGCAACCGUUCGAGGACCUCCACACGCAACGGGGGAUCGCGAACGUCCGGGAACGGCAGCGCACGCAGUCCCUAAACGACGCUUUCGCCUCGCUGCGGAAGAUCAUCCCCACGUUGCCUUCAGACAAACUGAGCAAGAUUCAGAUCCUCAAACUGGCUUCGAGAUACAUCGACUUUCUCUACCAGGUUCUCCAGAGCGAUGAGAUGGAUGCCAAGCUGGCCAGCUGUAACUACCUGGCCCACGAAAGACUGAGCUACGCCUUCUCCGUAUGGAGGAUGGAGGGCGCUUGGUCCAUGUCCGCCACUCACUAGACGUUCACCCGUUCCUGAUCCUACCUGCCGACCCUACGAAACUCCGACCAGCCUCUGAACUGUGAACCUACAUUGUGCCUGAGAGAAAGUGACUCUGACUAUUAAAUCUAUCGCUGUCUGUCUACUAGCUACAGCUUCAGCUUCACCAGCAACCGCCAUUUGACUCCUGCUGCCAUGACCUGACCCUGCCUAAAGCUGACCUCUGACCUUCCAACACCGAUCUUUUCACUUUUUCUCUGAGCAAACCUCUACAGGU